UAUAAUCAGAUGCCCAUGGUUAUCGAUCUAGUCGCCUUCAACGUCAAGACUAAAAUAAAUCAAUGUCCGAUGAGACAAAAACUAUAGAAAAACAAUUAGUUCUCUGCUGAUAACCUUGAUGUAGGAUGCUGAUAACCUUUUCUAUAUAUUAUAGUACACUAGCAUAACAAACUUCCACAACACAAGAAAAAUGGAGGAAGAGUGGAGAAAAUGGGAAGAUUUAGAGAUCGAUUGCUUGAGCAAUAUAUUUCGAAGGCUAGCUUUGGAGGAACUAAUCCUUGAUGUAUCGUUCGUGUGCAAGUCUUGGUACAAAGCUUCACUCGAUCCUCUCUGUUGGCAAAUUCUCAACUUUGAAAAGCUAGAUUUUUCUCCCGAGAGCAGAUUCGCCAAGAAAUUCAAGGGAAAAUAUGCAAUUCUUAACUUUUCAUUCGCGGGUUUUAUGAAUUUAGUUGUCGGUCGCAGCUGUGGAUUAGCAACCGAGCUCAGAUUUCCUCUAGAUGGUGUUUCGAUUCAAGAUUUAGUAUCUGCAGCCAAUAAGUGUCCAAAACUGAAAGUUCUUGCUUUGCCGAAUAUGACUCUAGAAAAUGAGUUACAAAUCCCACAAUUAGUUGCAAAGUAUAAAGAUCUUGAGCAUUUGGAGAUGGAUGUGAAGCCUUCUUGUUUCUCUGAACUUGCAGCUGAAAUAAGCAACAAUUGCAAGAAUUUUCGUGGGUUGAAGAUGUCCGGGUCAAUACAAAAGAGUGAUGCGUCCGCUAUUGUUGGUUUUAUGCCCAAAAUCAAGUAUUUAGAUCUUAGUAGAUCUUAUUUGCCGAAAAAGGAGUUUAUGGUAAUAAUGAAGGGAUGUAGAGAGAUUGAGAGACUAAGUGUAAAUUUUUGCGUUGGAUUUCAAGUGGAUAAGGACGUGCUAGAGUUGGCUUCUAGUAUUGGAUUGUUCGAGUGUGAGGGCUCUAAGCUUUGUGAUUAUUUUGUGUACGAUUCCUUCCAUUGGAAUCAACUGUACUUAAACGUUGAAGAUUUUUUGUAAUUUCAAUGUUGUGCUUGUAGAGCUUAAUUCAAAUUGCACCAUUUUUUUUGGUGCGUGGGUGGGUUUUGUAAUUCAAUUUUU